GUCAUGGAGACACUGAAGUAAAGUAUAAGAGCGCAGCUCGGAGCGGGGCGCAGGGACUGCCGCUCUGCUGGGAUACGCUCGAGAUGACACAUGGACGCUUGUAGACGGUUUUGAACACUCGUUCGGACCAGGCAGCCAUGACUUGCACACAUCCCCAGCAUGGAUCCCAGUUCUAUGAGAACAACAUGAGCAGCUUGGAGUCUCAGAGUGCAGACCUUACCCCUUGGCUGGACAUGAGCAACCUCUCAGCCUCUUCUCUGCCAAUUGCCAAUGGCUUGCUGCGCACACCCGCUGAGGACUAUGAAGCCUACUCCUGCCAGUUCACUACAGCACCUGCCCAGGUAACUUCUCCCUCUGACCAGGAGGGACAUUACAACAUGGAGGAGCUUCAGAUUUACGGCUGCUACCCAGGGCCACUUAUGCUGAACUACCCGGGUGAAGCCAUGUCUCCCAGUGGGUCGGAUUAUUAUGGCAGCCCUGCAGCAGCCUCGUCCCCUUCAACGCCUGGAUUUCAGGGCCAGCAGGCCUCAAACUGGGAUUCGGUCUUUGGAACAUAUUCGGCCAGUCCUGAAUGUUGGGUGGCUAAGGACAUCUCAGGACCAAAUGCAUCCACUUUAUUUCCAUUCAGCUCUGGGCCUGUGGAGGAUGUGUCUCAUUUUGGUCCGUCGCUUUUGCAAGAGCAGGAACUUUUUGCUUUGGCUCAUCCUCUUCAAUCUGGACUGACCUUCCCGUCUGUUGUGAGGGAGCACGGACUCAGUCUUCAUGGCAGCGUACAGCUGGACACAAGCUUAUCGCCCAAGCUGAAACGUGGAAAUGAGGGUGAUUGCGCUGUGUGUGGAGACCAUGCCUCCUGUCAGCACUAUGGGGUUCGCACCUGUGAAGGAUGUAAAGGCUUUUUCAAGCGCACAGUGCAGAAAAACUCCAGAUACAUUUGCAAUGCCAACAAAGACUGUCCGGUGGACAAGAAGAGACGCAAUCGGUGCCAGUUCUGCCGCUUCCAGAAGUGCCUCGCUGUAGGAAUGGUGAAGGAAGUUGUGAGAACAGACAGCCUGAAAGGGCGUAGAGGUCGUCUACCUUCAAAGCCUAAAGUGGUUCAGGACAUGCCAGCCCCUGUGUCCCCAGUGGACAUGAUCGGUUCCCUUGUUAGGGCCCAAACAGAGUCAAACCCCAGAAUCGGGGCUUUAGAUUAUACUAAGUAUGAUGACCAGAAAUUCAGCACGGACCAGAAGGAAGAUGUCAUUUAUGUCAAACAAUUCUAUGACCUGCUCACAGCGUCUUUCGAGGCCAUAAGGAAGUGGGCGAAGGAUAUCCCUGGUUUCUCUGAUUUCUGUCUUGAGGAUCAGGAACUUCUGUUGGAAUGUGCAUUUAUUGAACUCUUCAUUCUGCGUCUUGCAUAUCGGUCAAACCCUGAAACAGGGGAACUAAUUUUCUGCGACGGCACUGUACUUCACAAAACGCAGUGUGUUCGAAGCUUCGGGGAAUGGAUCAUCUCCAUCCUGGAGUUUUCUCAAAGUCUUCACUGCAUGAAGCUGGACGAUGAAUACUUCGCCUGCCUCAGUGCCUUGGUUAUAAUCACUGAUCGUCAUGGUCUGAAGGAGCCCAAACGUGUGGAGGACUUUCAGAAUCAGCUCAUCACCUGCCUGAAAAACCACAUGUCUGGCUGUGGUUCUGAGUCCUUACCAUCUAAUUACUUGUCCAGACUCCUUGGGAAGUUGCCUGACCUCAGGACUCUGAGCACGCAAGGCCGCCAGCGCAUCUUUUACCUUAAAUUGUCAAAUCUUGUUCCCCAGCCUCCGAUGGUAGAAAAGAUCUUUAUGGACACUCUGUUGUUUUAAAAUGGGGGGGGGGGGGUCUCUUCUGAACCAGGGAAUAUUGCCAGACCUGUCCCAUCGGCCCUGAUGUGAACACAAGCAAUCUCUGCGCAGCUUUUUCGCCAGGUUGCAAGCAGAAAGCAUAACUGUGAGAUCUGAAGAUUGAUUGAAUGGAUCUGGUUAAACAUUGAAAUUCUUUUACAAAACCAACUUUUAAUCCAAACACUUUCCAUUUCUCAAGACGUGAGGCAGAAGUCUCUUAAAGCUCAAUUACACUUUAUAUUUAACAUAAUGUUUUGGUGAUAUUUUUGGUAGCUGAAAUCUACAAAGUUAUUCAGUGGUAUCGUUCAUGUAUCAUGAAUCAACAUUGAGCAGCUAAUAUACUGUGUAUUUUUUUAAGUACAGUCUUACACACUGUGGUUUUUGAAUCAUCUGAAGUAAACCACAGCUGUUUUGACACAUGAAAUGUGAUGGAAUCCCAGCGUACAGGGAGAUCUUGUUGUGGUUUUGUUUUUUUAUAUGUAAAAGUGAAAUUUCACUGCUAAAAUUGAAAUAAAUUCAUAUUAAUUUGUCUUUA